AUGGACAUAGUGCACGGCAAAGAUCUGCACUUUAAGGAACUUGGACUCAAGCACCGAGGUAGCGGCCUCGCAUUCAAAGAUCUCUUCCUCGGCGAGGAGAAUACUCCCGAGAACUAUCUCUUCACCAUCGGGCGCCAAGGCUCCUUCUCCUCGCCCAUUCACAAGCAUACCUUCGAUCAGUUCCGGUACGCAUACCGUGGCGACGUUUCGAUUGCACCAGAUAUUCUUCUCCGUGAAGGAGAGCUGUGCUAUCAUCCAGAGGGUGUUUCGUACGGGCCACAGCUCGAUGAAGGGGGCGAGCGCGAUGUGUUAGUACUACAGUUUGGUGGAGCCAGUGGCCAAGGAUACCUCAGCUUUGCACAGAUCACAGAAGGUCAGGAAAAGUUGAAAGAGAGUGGCCGAUUUGAAAAAGGCCAAUAUCACCCCGCAGAGGGAGGGGAACCAAUAGAUGGGUAUGAGGCUCUUUGGCAGAGCUAUUCAGGUCGCCCGCUUGUGUAUCCUGCGGCAAGAUAUCACUCCGUGAUUGUUUCAAAGCCAGACAACUACUCAUGGGUCCCACUGAGUACGACAAGCAAUGCCUUUACACGAACACUCGGCAUCUUCACCGAGAGGCAGACGAAGGCAGAUAUGAUCAAGAUCGGAACCCAGGGGAAGAUUGAGAUACACGGUGAAAAUGCGAUCCAGCUACUGUUUGUGCUCAAGGGUCAAGGUAAAGCAAAUGAGGCUUUGUUGGAGAUCGAGUCUGCAGUGCGGUUGUCGCCUGGAACUGGAGCUCUGCUCUCCUCAGAGCAUGGAAUGGAAUUGCUUCGUUUUGUUCUUCCUAUGCUCGCAGGUAUUAGUACAUGA